GCAAGGAGAGAAAUGGCGUCUGUAAGAGAGCGAGCAGCUGCUUUAAAACUAAUGGGGAAAAUGUACAGCCCUAUGCACCCUCCUGUCGAGCAGCAAGUAGUCAAUAAACCAUGCCAGUCCAGCUUCAUCUGGAGCAAUCUCAUAGCUCACCUCCAGUCAGAGGUAAAGGUCAAGCGGCGACGCCACUUUCUCAAAUCGCACGACAAUUGCUUUGUAGGCUCUGAUGCAGUCACUGUAAUCCAAUCCUACAUCAACCAGGGCAAGAUUUUAGGGCAUGCCAAUGUGCCCAGAGCCAAAGCGGUGCGUGUGGGUCAGGCUCUUCUGGAUUGCAAAGUGUUUGAAGCAGUAGCAUCUAAAUCGUUUGGGAAAGAGAGCAAGGUGUCUGAAUUUCAGGAUAGUGACUGCAGCUUGUACAGAUUCCUGAGCACGCAUAACCCUGUGCUAAGUCAUGCUGAAAACACAUUCACCUCCCCUUGUCAACAGAGAAAAGCAGACAGCCAACACAGGGUGGUUGAUCCCUUUUUUUGCCACAGUACUCCAGUAAAACCGGGCCUCAUUAUGGAUAUCCUUAUGGAGGAGCUUGAUCUUAGCCCUAGCUUUCUUCAAACUGAGUGUCUGCCACAGUCAGUGGUCAAUCAGGUGUGGCAGGAGCAGACAGUUCAGAGGUUGCUGCAGUUGGUAGAGCUCCCACUGCUGGAUGGAGUGUUGGACUGCGGAGAGUGCGAGUUUCAAUUGCCUGGUGCUAACAAUAAUGAGUCUGACCUUCCAUACACCAGUAACUACCUGGACAGAGAAAUACUCAAGGCUUUUAAAGAGUCCCAAAGUGAUGAAUGGCUUGUGACAGCACUGGAGCUAUUAGAUUUUCUGCCAGAUAAGCAGGUUGUUGAGGUGAGCAGAGAGCUUCCCAACCUCUCACUAGAGGAGGAUGAGUAUUCUGAAGGACAUGGCCACUCCACACCCACAGGCAUUGAACAAUGCAAAUCACUGCUCUUUGAUGUUCUGACUAAACAUUAUGGACAGGCUAAUAUCCAGCCUCUUCUUCCUAGUGGUCUGAGUGAUGUCUACACUCACGUUACAGAACUUUUAGUAAAUGGGAAGUUUUCUGUGGCUCUGGAAGUGCUGCAGCUCUGUCUGAAGUUGCUUUCUGCUGCUAACAGAGAGGAGCUUUACAGGCUGCUGAGAUUCAUGUCAUUGGCUGCGGAUCCAGCACACUUUCGGCUUCACAAAGAGAUUGAGAAUCGGGUGAAUGUAAAGAAGAUAUUUAGCAGAGCUAUAAUACAAAGCAAAAAUCUUCCAAAGGGAAAACUGGAUUUGCUGCUGCUCUUUAUGCUAGAUAACUAUGAGGACAUUUUUAAGAUUCCAGGUUCUCUACACAAACUGGUCAGUGACAAACUGGAUGAUAUUGUGAAAAAGAAGGACCCCAACAUGCAAAGUACUGCAUUCUGCCAGCAAAUAUCCAGCAACGAGUACAGCGAUACUGUAAAAGAUCUAACAAAGAAUGAGUUGUUUGUGCUGCUCAGGAAUAUUGAUGAAAACACAAAAUAUUCGGUGAAAGAGAAAAGGCGUCUGCUGACGCAGUUCUACAAAGGUCAUCCUGAGAUUUUUGCUCAGUAUUUUGGGUCUAGACUGAGCACAAUCAGUUUAUUUGAUGUAUAGUUCUGUUUCCAAAAAAUGUGUUUAAAGAAUUGUGAAAUUUUAAAUAAAUGUUUUAUAUAAAUAUUAAGUAAUAAGACAGGGGAAAGUGUUUUAAAGAUUUAUAUGAUGCCAUGCCAACAUGU